CUAUAAAACACAAGCGGUUGUAUAACGAUCAUUAUUCGGGUCUCUUUUGUCUCCACAGCUUCGCCACCCGGUUAUCUCGCCGGAAGAUUAUCAUCUGUUCUUUCCUGUUAUGGUGGGAUUUUGUAUCACCUAGAAAUAAUUGUUUGUUAUAUCAGUCAUAUAGGGUUGAGCCUUGGAAAGGAGAAGGAAAAAAGCAGUUGUAGAAGCGGCAAACACAGAAGUGUAAUCUUUGGAAUACAAAGAGGAUGGACUAUCUUUUAACGACGCUGACUAAGAAGAAAGAAGUGGACACAAUCAUCAGAGACACCAUUGACAAGGUCCUUGUUCUUCGCUUUGGCCGCUCAUCUGAUACCCUCUGUCUCCAGCUUGACCAUAUACUUAUCAAAUCAGUACGUGAGGUUUCCAAAUUCGCAACUGUGGCUCUUGUGGAUAUUGAGUCACCUGACAUUCAAGUCUAUGUGAAAUACUUCGACGUCACUUUGAUUCCUUCAACUAUCUUUUUCUUCAAUGCCCACCAUAUGAAGAUGGAUUCUGGUAAUCCAGAUCACACCAAGUGGGUUGGCUCUUUUCACAGCAAACAAGACUUCAUUGACGUUGUAGAGGCAAUAUUCAGGGGAGCCAUGAAGGGAAAGCUUAUAGUUAAUUGCCCCCUGCCCCAAGAUCGAACACCAAAGUAUCAACUGUUGUACAAAGAAAUGUAGAGGGGUAGCCGGUAUAGGUCGUUAUAUUUUUAAGGCUAAUGAUCUACUUAAACAUGACUGAGGUUCUCCUGUAACAGGCAUCUGCUGGUGAUUAUAGGACUAUUUAUAGAAUUGAUUGAUGACUGCCAAGAUUAACUUUGCAGCUUAGAUGGUGAUUUUUGUUUGCUUUGUUCAUGUCUUCAUGACUCAUGAGGUAAUAAACGAUGGAAAGUGUGCAUCUGCAGUUUAUUGUUAUAUGCCCUGA